AUGGCGUCAGGUUCCAAGGCCAAGGACAAGGACCCUCUAGGUGCCAGCCGCGCGCAUUCGGGUCUAGAGGCCAUUCUGCCUACUAAUUUCCUCGAUAUGCAAAAAUGCGCUGGCAGUCUUCCCAAAGAGAACAAGCCAAAGUCGUCUCCACGCUCGCGGCCAUCUGCCACCCCACAGUCCAGCGUGCCACGAUCCGUAUCGUCCAUGUCAAGCAGUUUCAUGCAGGAACACUGGGGCCGCUCCUCGUCCUAUACUUCCAAACCUGAACACGAUGGAGAAGAUACCCACAAUCCACAGUCCAAGGAGGAAGAUGCCCCCCACGUUAUAGCCAACUGGGCCCAUCUAUCUUACAUCAAGGCCCAACGUAAUACGCUUCGCGCCGAACUGAAGGCACAUCAGAUUGCGGGCGCUGAGGCAAAGCGGUCAGUGUCAUCGUUACGUCGUCUAGCCUUUCGCAUGGCCGUUAGUAUAUCCGUGAAGGAGAAACAGAUUGCGACUACUGCCCGGAACCUCGCCAAGAGCAGAACAAACCACUAUCUCGAAGGUAAAGAUGCACAAAAUAGAGUCGAGCAGUUGCAGCGGGCGCUGCGAAUCGAAGAAGACCGCAACAAGGAGAUUCUCGCAGCAUUGGAAAGGGCCUCCAUGCUGACACUUCAAUAUUCAACCCCCAAGGAAGAGCCACGCCAUAAUCAUGGAAACAGUUUCCUUUCCCCGCCUCCAUCUCCACCAACACGCUCGAGUGCUCCUGAUAGCCCGUUCGGCUCUCCCAAGACUCCGACACGAUCGUCCACAGCUCCAUGGCACGAUGUCGACUUUCCGCUCACUCCUCGCCUCGGAAGUGCAUUCGAGAUUCGCACGUCUGACAGUCGCUUGAUACGAGCCAAGCGUGAAUCAGACCAAGCUCUUGCUGCAUGCCGGAGGCGUAUAGAACAACUCCAAAGUGAGUGUGCAGAGAGCAAGGAAGAUGGAAGGCUUUUGGCAGCGACCAAAGCCGGAUUGGAACAGGAGAUGCAGCAUCACCAAUCUCAAAUUACUACUCUAGAGCGCUCAAGAAGCAGUUUAGCCAAAGAAUUAGAAGCUAUCAAGGUGCAGCUGCAAAUGGCUGUAGACUCAGAAGAACUCUUGAAACAGAAACUGCAAGACAAGAGUGAAGAGCUCGCAGCAUGGGACCAAAAGAAUGCAGAUAUGACGCACACGAUUGACCUGCUACAGAAGGAAAAGACUAAGCUAGAUGAGCAUGUCCGGAUGCAGACUAACCAGGUCGAAGAAUUCAAGACUCGCACUUCGGUUCUUGAGCAAACGUUACACUCCACACGCGAUGAGCUCGAGAACGUCCAGCGUAACGAAUUGUCGCUUCGAGAACGCCUUGCAGAGAAGGAGAAGGAGUGUGAAGAUUUGCAGAAGAGAAUUGACCAAGGGUUGGAAGAUAUUCGAAACCUCGAGCAGAAAGUUAACACGUACGACGCGGAAGCCGCCGAGCAUACCCGGAAGAUUGAGAUAGGAGGAAAUGUCAUUGCUCAGUUGCGUGAACAACUGUACAAUGUAGAAGCUACGAGCAAGGAUGCUCAUGGGGCCUCGGCGGACAUGAAGAAGGAGUUGGAGCUGUUGCAGGAGAAGCUGCGUACUGAGACUGAGGCACGCGAUGGUUUGGCGAACGAACUCGAGGACUUACAGAGUGGAAAGGCUACGGUAGAGAAUGAGUUGCGUGCCACUGUAGAAAUAUUGCACGAGGAAACAAAAGCAAAGGAAGAACUGGAGGCGAAGUUGGAAAACUUGCGCACAUCUUACAACGACACGGAAACCAAACUUCAGCAAGCUCUUGAGUGCGUUCAAGCAUUAGAGGCAGCUGAUGGCGUCGCCCAAACAAAACUUGAGACGCUAAGAGACGAGAAAUCCGCACUGGAAGCCAAUCUUGAGAAUGUACGGCAGCUUGGGGUUAAGCUUGGUGAGAGUGUUCAGAUGAAAAACAAUGAGCUUGCAGAGAUGAAAUCGACGAGUGUGAGUUUACAGGAAAAGCUCCGACAGUCACAAAAGCAGAAAUCAUCACUCCAGAAAGAAUUGGAGCACAUGCGCAAUGCAAAGCAAGAAAGCGAUGACCGUCAUGCUGCCGAAAUGGAGAAGAGCAACGAACAUCUCCGAGAACUUGAGGCCUCGAUUCUCAACCUCCGAUCUGUUCUGGAGUCAUCAGAGAAACUAGGAGUGUCUCUUCGCGAAGAGCUUGGCCAUCUACGAGAAUCCAAAAGGAGUACUGAAGGCGAGCUUGAAGAGGCUCAUCGUGUCAAAGCGGAACUUGAGGGUCAAAUUUGCGAAGCCCAGUCGCAGCACAGGUCAACGCAGAGCGACCUUGACAGCUUGCAAGCUAAGAUUGGAGAAUUGGAGAACAACUUGACAGAAGGCCAACAAUCCAAGUCGCUCCUUGAAGAACGGUUAGCUGCAUCAACUACGGAAGUUAGUGUGCUCAAGGAUCGGUUAUCAGAUCUGGAAGCUGCACUAAAAGACUGUGAUGAUGCGAGGGCGAAGGCUGAAAUAGCUUUGUCGGCUGCGCAGUCAGACGGUGAUACGACCGCUUCAAAUCUCGCGAAUCUUCGCAAACAAGCCCAUGACAUGGAUGUGGCCAGAAAUCAACUACAACAAGAACUUGACGAAGCCAUCAGCUCCAAAUCAGAUCUAGAAGUUCAGUUACGCUCUGUGCGGGACGAUCUCAAGAAAUCUGAAUCAGAAGCGAACGGCGUUCAGGUACAGCUAUCUACUCUACAAAUCCAAAUUAUGGAUCUUCAACAAUCGAAACAAAACUCCGAAGAAAGCUUGAAUUCUCUUCAAGAAUCUCUUUCGGGGCUUGAUGAGAAGUUGCAAAGCACGCAUUCCCAACUACAAAACGCUCAUUCCAAGAUCUCACAGCUUGAAACGAGACUGGCAUCUAGCGAGGAGGAGCUGGAAGCCAUGUGUCGCGCAAAGGCAGCUGUUGAGAAGCGGCUCGAACAUGCGCAUGCCGAUAAUGCGCGCCUGGAGGAAGAGCUGAGACUUGCUCGACAAAGCAACGAAGCUAUCAGAAUUCAACUCGACAACACAGUGGAUCUUAACAGCGAGCUGAAUGAGAACCUCACUGUAGCUCGCUCAGAGAUGGAUGAGGCAAACAUUCAAAAUGCCAAACUUACGUCACAACUGAGGGAAGCCGAAAGAGAAUUAGAAAAACUUCGGCAGCUCAAGGGUGAUGUAGAAGCGAGGCUAAACAAAGCCGUGGAAGUCUCAGCGAGUACGGAACAAAGUCUUUCUUCGGCUCGUUCUCGACUUGACGAGCUUGAAUCGCAGAAAUCUUCUCUCAAUACCGAACUUGCUCAUUCUAGGACAGAGCUAGAUGCAGUGCGACAAGCGAGAACGGAGUUGGAAGCUAAAAUUGAGGGAUCUGAACGCCACAACAAGUCUCUUCAAGAAGAUCUAUCUGGCAUGCAUUCACGGGUAGCUGAGCUCGAAGCCAACUGUACCAACGUGAUUGCUCAAUUGUCGGCAAGUGAUCAAGAGUUGAAUAGCCUGCGACUGGAGCAUGCCAAGCUUGAGGAGUCUUCGCAAAGUACGUCCCAUCGGACAAAUGAGCUACAACUUGAACUUCGCGCGGCUCAAAUGCGUCUCGAAAUUGCAGAGUCUGAGAGCUUGGACGCAUUCAACAGGUUUCUCGAAGCCGACAAAGAGCUCGUGUCACUUCGCAAUACGAACGUCAAACUUGAAGCUUCCGAAAGAGAACUUAUCUCACGUCUUGCUUCUGCGGAAGAGGAAUUGAAGAAUGCGCGUCGGAUGAAUGCCGACCUCGAGGCCUUCCUUGAAAGUGUUGAGUCAGAUAUAGCCAACGCCUAUUCUGCCGUCGAGGAUACCGAGAAGCGCUAUCUGGAGUUUGUAGAGGACUCUGAAGCUAAACUUGAGGCUGCAAAAGUCUCCAAGUCACGAUACAGGACUCGACUUUGCGAUAAGAAUAGCGAGCUUGAGACUGUUACUAAAGAGAACUCUGAUCUACAUCAACAGAUUGGCAGCCAAAGCCAGGAGAUGGGCGCACUGGAGAAGAGCAAGGAUGAGCUGGUUGAAGAAUUAUCGAAGAAGGAGAAGUAUAUUGAAGAACUCGGGUCAUCAAUGGAUGAGCGGAUGAGAUCAAUGAAUGCCGCGUACAACGACCUCAAGAAGAAGUACGACCAAGAGCACCAACAAUUAGGAAGCGACCACGCAAGCACAGUCCGACUAGAAGCUGAACUGGCAAGAAAAACGACAGAACUCGAUCAACUCCGCCACGACCAAGAAACCCACACCACCUCCUUCACAGUCCUCCAACAACAACUCGCCUCACUACAAACCGACAAACAAACCUUCGAAUCGCUCAUCUCCACCCUCCAAGAAAAGCUAAAGCACCUUGAACUCCUCGAAGAAUGGUCCACUUCACCCACCACCUCACCCACCCCUCUGCCUGGCACCCAUUCCACCGCCCCCUCCACCCCCAAAUCCUCCCACCCAACCCACAUCAGCACCCCAAACACCAGUCCGCGCCCAGACACCCGCGCAAGCACCGUAUCCCGCGACCCCGACGACGUAUGGGCCCACCAAGUCGAGCAAGUCCGCCUGCAACGCAGCGAAGCAGCACUCCAACUCCGCGGCCUGAAGACAUCGCAGCACCAUCUCAAAAAGACGCUGCGAAGCACAGAUAAAGAGCUGAAUCGGCUGGAAAGAGAGAAGACCAAGCGCAGCCCGAAUUUGCUCCGCAAGAGGAGUAGGCCGUUUAGUGCGAAUGCGGCUGCAUGCAGCGAUGUCGAGGGCGUGGCGGACGAGGCGGCGGCAAAGGACAAGAGGAGAAUGUCGCAUGGCUUGGCCCUUUUGACGCGCCCGAGUACGCAUUUUCAUGCUGUUGGGAGUGCGGGUGAGGAUGGCGGCGAGGCCAAGGGGAAGAGAAGUGCUGGGCGGAGGGUGGUUAGUGUGGGGGAUGAGCUGGGUAGGAAGGAGAAGGAGGGGAGGAAGUGGGGUCUUGGGCUUAGGGGGUUGUUUCAUCGGGAUGCGUAG